AUGAGACAGCAGAAAGAGUCUGUACCAUUAGCUGGUUCUGUUGCUGCUGCUGCAUCACCAAACUAUGUCAGCGCAUUUCAAUCACAAUAUGUUCGUCAUACGAAUAAUUCAUCGGAAUUGAAAAAAACUAAUCCGUGCAAAAUCAUUCUCGGAAUAAUUAUCUUCCUGGCGAUUCUCAUCAUUUUCAUUGUAAUGUAUAUUCUGUUUAAACAAUAUGCAGCAGAAGAAAAUAUUGUGAUCAUCAAGACAACUACAACUUCAACAAAACCUACAAUGACAACAAGUUAUACUUCGACUACUCUUAAAUCAAUGUCUGUGUCGUCUUCAGUCACCACAAUGUCAUAUUCAACUUGGAAUUUUGUUGCAACAUGUUGCAGCCUCCUCUUUGCUAUGAUUAUUUGA